UCCCCUCCCAUCUCAAUUGCACCAGUUGCAAUUGAUUCUCCUCUGAUCUAGACCUUGUUCAAGAUCUUCUAAUAUGUUCCGCAACGCCCUACGCCAGUCGACGCGUGCCGUCGGCGCCGUCUCUGCCGCUGGCAGAGUCGCUGCCACCCGAAAUGCCGCACCCGCCGUCACCGUCGCGUCCAUCCAGUCCAGGACCUACGCAGAGGCCAAGGCAUCACCGACAGAGGUCUCCUCUAUUCUCGAGCAGCGGAUUCGUGGCGUUCAGGAAGAGUCUAAUCUCGCUGAGACUGGUCGUGUUCUUUCCGUCGGUGAUGGUAUCGCCCGUGUGCACGGCAUGGCCAAUGUCCAGGCCGAGGAACUUGUCGAGUUCGCGUCUGGCGUCAAGGGCAUGUGCAUGAACCUCGAGGCCGGCCAAGUCGGUGUUGUGCUUUUCGGUUCCGAUCGUCUCGUCAAGGAGGGUGAGACCGUCAAGCGUACUGGAGAGAUUGUCGACGUCCCCGUCGGCCCCGAGCUGCUCGGCCGUGUCGUCGACGCUCUCGGCAACCCCAUUGACGGCAAGGGCCCUCUCAACGCCAAGGAGAAGCGCCGUGCUCAGCUGAAGGCGCCUGGCAUUCUGCCUCGCAAGUCCGUCAACCAGCCCGUCCAGACCGGCCUCAAGUCGGUCGACGCUAUGGUUCCCAUCGGCCGUGGCCAGCGUGAGCUGAUUAUCGGUGACCGUCAGACCGGCAAGACUGCCGUCGCUCUGGAUGCCAUCCUCAACCAGAAGCGCUGGAACUCUGGCAACGACGAGACCAAGAAGCUCUACUGCGUCUACGUCGCCGUCGGCCAGAAGCGGUCUACCGUCGCCCAGCUCGUCAAGACCCUGGAGGAGAACGACGCGAUGAAGUACUCCAUCGUCGUCGCCGCCACCGCCUCGGAGGCCGCUCCCCUUCAGUACAUUGCCCCCUUCACCGGUGCCUCGAUCGGCGAGUGGUUCCGUGACAACGGCAAGCACUCCCUGGUCAUCUACGACGAUCUGUCCAAGCAGGCCGUUGCCUACCGCCAGAUGUCCCUGCUGCUUCGUCGUCCCCCCGGCCGUGAGGCUUACCCCGGCGACGUCUUCUACCUGCACUCCCGUCUCCUGGAGCGUGCUGCCAAGAUGAACGACACCCACGGUGGCGGUUCCAUGACUGCCCUGCCCAUCAUUGAGACCCAGGGUGGUGACGUGUCUGCCUACAUUCCCACCAACGUCAUUUCCAUUACCGACGGCCAGAUCUUCCUGGAGUCCGAGCUCUUCUACAAGGGUAUCCGUCCCGCCAUUAACGUCGGUCUGUCCGUCUCGCGUGUCGGCUCCGCCGCUCAGCUCAAGGCCAUGAAGCAGGUCGCUGGUUCGCUCAAGCUCUUCUUGGCCCAGUACCGUGAGGUCGCCGCUUUCGCCCAGUUCGGUUCUGAUUUGGAUGCCGCCACAAAGCAGACCCUUAGCCGUGGCGAGCGCUUGACCGAGCUCCUCAAGCAGAAGCAGUACUCUCCCAUGGCCGUCAACGAGAUGGUUCCCCUCAUCUACGCCGGUGUCAAUGGUUUCCUCGACCCCAUCCCCGUGAGCAAGAUUCUCCAGUGGGAGGCCGACUUCCUUGCCCACCUCAGGACCAACGAGUCCGAGCUUCUUGCGACCAUCGACAGGGAGGGUGCCCUCAGCAAGGACCUCGAGGCCAAGCUCAAGGACGUGACCGAGUCCUUCAUCAAGAGCUUCCUUGCUUAAACCACCUUUUACUGUAACGGGGUAAUAGAAGAUGCAGAAGCGAUUGGCUGGAUGUAGGAAGGAGCGAGAUGAGGAGCUGUCUAUACCGAAGUGAUUUUAUUAGUUUUCUCGGAGCGGCGGGAGG